CUAUACAGCAUGUCUUCCAUCGCCUCCGUAGUAGCCCGUGCCCUCUCCCCCGUACCCGACGUGUUUAGCACCGCCGGCGGUCUCGAUAUUAGUUCGGACCACGCAGCAGUCGCCAGGCGCAGUGCCCUUCAAGGCGCUCGCACGGUUGACGCGCUGAUCGACCUCGUCCCAGGGGACUUCGUCGAGGUACUCCGCGAGCCACUUCGUGGCAUUGCCAGCACGGCUAACAAGCUGUGCUCGGCGCGGACCACUUUGUCAAAGUGGGAGGCCCAUAAAAAGGCCGGUACCAUGCCCGCGCACCUGUUUCGGCAGGCGCCCGAAAUCCAGAUGACAUCGGAUUUCGGUUCCAGUGCUGAGGGCUCUGCCCAACGCCAAGCUCUCCUCGACGCCCAUAAAGCGUACUUGGACGGCCUGCUUGAGUCUGCUAUAAAGGCCAAGCGGGACGACAUAGCUUUUCUGGAAGCGGCAUUGACCCCCGAAGAGUUGUACAAGCGGCUUUCGCCGCUUGUUAUCGACCGUGGCCAACGAGUAUUGCAUAACCGCCGAGUGGCGAAUAUCAAGUUCACGGCUGACAACAAGGUUGCGGGGUUAGAGUGGGUCCAGGACUCACAAAAGGUCGCGGAAUGCAAGAACUUGCUGGCCGAUGUGGUGGUAUACGCCUUCCGGGUCAUCUCUAUCGUUGAAAUGGCCCAGUACACCGCAUCGGCAAAACUCGACCGAAAGAAGGCAAUCAAAAAGGCCGCCGACGUCGAGAUGGCUGACGCCACUCGAGCUGGACCAUCG